AGGAGGCUACAAGCAAGGAAACAUAUUUGUGGCAUGACAGGAGAUGGUGUGAAUGAUGCACCGGCACUUAAGAAGGCAGACAUCGGCAUUGCAGUGGAUGAUGCAACCGAUACUGCUCGAAGUGCAUCAGAUAUAGUACUAACAGAACCGGGACUGAGUGUCAUUGUGAGUGUUGUUAUAACAAGUAGAGCCAUUUUUCAGAGAAUGAAAAACUAUACCACCUACGCUGUCUCCAUUACAAUCAGAAUCGUGUUGGGUUUCAUGCUGCUCGCACUUAUUUGGAAGUUCAAUUUCUCGCCUUUCAUGGUUUUGAUCAUCGCCAUACUCAAUGACGGAACCAUUAUGACCAUUUCCAAGGACAGAGUGAAGCCAUCUCCCAUGUCUGACUCAUGGAAGCUCAAGGAGAUUUUUGCCACCGGCAUCGUCCUUGGUACCUAUCUUGCUGUCAUGACCGUCAUUUUCUUCUGGGUGGCUAACAACACCAACUUCUUUUCGGAUAAGUUUGGAGUAAGAUCCAUUAGGCACAAUCAAGAUGAACUUACUGCUUUGGGAAGCAAUAAUGGCGGAUACAGGAAAGGGGUAGCAGAGGCAAAACUAAAGGUGGCGAUAAACGGGUUCGGUAGGAUUGGAAGGAACUUCUUGAGGUGCUGGCACGGCCGUAAGGACUCUCCCCUUGAUGUCAUUGCCAUCAAUGACACUGGUGGUGUUAAGCAGGCUUCUCACCUUCUCAAAUAUGACUCGACUCUUGGCAUCUUUGAUGCUGAUGUCCAGCCUGUUGGCACCGAUGGCAUCUCUGUCGAUGGCAAGGUUAUCAAGGUUGUUUCCGACCGUAACCCUGUCAACCUCCCAUGGGGGGAAUUGGGAAUCGACAUCGUGAUUGAAGGAACUGGAGUGUUCGUCGAUAGAGACGGUGCAGGUAAGCACAUUCAAGCAGGAGCCAAGAAAGUGCUGAUUACUGCCCCAGGCAAGGGUGACAUUCCUACAUAUGUUGUUGGAGUUAACGCUGAUACCUACAACCCAGAUGAGCCCAUUAUCAGCAAUGCUUCUUGCACCACCAACUGCCUUGCUCCUUUCGUCAAGGUUCUGGACCAAAAGUUUGGUAUCAUCAAGGGUACCAUGACUACAACUCACUCAUACACCGGUGACCAGAGGUUGCUUGACGCUAGCCACCGUGACCUUAGGCGUGCACGAGCUGCAGCUCUCAACAUCGUCCCAACUUCAACUGGUGCAGCAAAGGCUGUGGCCCUUGUACUCCCUACUCUCAAAGGCAAACUCAACGGUAUCGCAUUGCGUGUACCAACACCAAAUGUGUCGGUGGUUGACCUUGUUGUCCAGGUUUCGAAGAAGACCUUUGCUGAGGAGGUGAAUGCUGCUUUCAAAGAGAGUGCAGAGAACGAGCUGAAGGGUAUUCUUUCAGUAUGUGAGGAACCCCUUGUUUCGGUCGACUUCAGGUGCUCUGAUGUGUCCUCCACCAUCGAUGCAUCACUCACCAUGGUCAUGGGAGAUGACAUGGUUAAGGUGAUUGCUUGGUACGACAACGAGUGGGGCUACUCUCAAAGGGUUGUCGAUUUGGCUGACAUUGUUGCCAAUAACUGGAAGUGAUUUCAAUGCUAUUAUAUAUGCUCGUAAUAAUGCGACCGAUGGUUGAUUUUUGCAGGCUCACCUCA